AUGAAAAAGGAUAAAAAAGAUGUUUUAUCUUUUGAUAGUGACAGCGAAGAUGAACAAUUUUUAAAAAAUUAUAAUAAAAUAUCAAAAGAUGUGCAUAAUAAAAAAAAAAUAAAAACAGAAAUAUCAAAUAUAGAUAAUAAAAAUAUCAACAAUAUUAAUUCAACACAGCUUCCAUCAACUCCCUCAAAAACACCUACCAAGUCACCAAAAAAACCCUUGUUAGUCAUAGAGGAGGAUGAUGAUGAUGAUGGUGAUGAUAGUUUUUUAAAUAAUAAUAGUAAUACUAAUCUUAAUAAUAAUAAUAUCAAUGUAAAUAAUAAUAACAAUAGUGAAGAUAAUGUAAAUAAUACAGAUAGCCAUUUAAAUAACCAUUAUAAUGAUGAUAUAAACUAUGAAAUAAUUAACGAUGAUACUGCAAAUAAUAUUAAUUCAAAUACAUAUAAUGGCCCAUGGAUCAAUACCUUAUCAUUUAGCGAUCUAAUUUCAAAACCUGGAAUGAAGUUUGCAAUUGUAACAGGCUAUUCAAUUGAUAUCAAAUGGGUAAUGAAUAGUUUCGAGAGAUCCCAAGGUACAAAAAUUCCAAUUACAUUUAUUAGAGAUUACGAUCAAAAGAAACAUAAACCUGGCCCUCAUCCAAUACCGUUUUCAAACUGUACUAUUAUUCAUCCAGUAUUAUCAGGUGAUCAAAUAUUUCAUGCAAAGUUACUUGUUUUAGUGUAUGAUACUUGGAUUAGAAUUGCUGUAACAAGUGCAAAUCCUUCUUCUUAUGAAUAUAGUAAUUUAUCUCAAAGUAUUUGGUAUCAAGAUUUUUACAAUUUUAAUAAUAAUAAUAAUAGUAGUCAAUUUCAAUCACCGUUAGCUCGAGUAAAUAAAACUACAACAACCAGUACUUAUAAUACACCAGUUAAAAAUCCAUCAUUACCAUCAUCUCCAUAUUCAUCACCAUCAUAUAAAUUUAAUAAUACACAAACAACAAAUAAAAAUAUAUCAAAAUCGUUACCAGCAUCACCAGCAUCACCAUCAUCAAAGCAGCCAUAUUCACCAUACAGGGACUAUUCUUCACAACCAUCAACACCAACAUCAUCGCCUUAUAGAGUCGAUUUUUCAUUUAAAACAACAUUAAAAUAUUUUUUGCAAUCAUCAGGAUAUAAAAAUGUACAGUUUUUAGAUCAGUUUGAUUUUUCAACAUCAAAAGCUCAGUUGAUAAUAUCGAUACCUGGCGAAUAUAAACAUACAUCAAAUAAAAUGGGCUUAGAGAGAUUAAGAUAUCAUGUAAACAAUUAUUAUAAAACUCAGGAAAACAAUACAGUAUAUGGUGAUGAUGUAAAGAGCCAAUCUAUUCAAAAGAUUUUUUAUUAUCAAUCAUCAUCAGUUGGUUUAUCAACUUUUUUUAAACAGGCUUUUGUUUCAAAUUUCAAAGUAAACAAUAACAUUACAACAAUCAAUACAUUUCACACUAUGAAUAGUAAUAAUAAUAAUAAUGGUAAAGAUAAAUCAUUUCAUAUCAUCUAUCCAACUGCCAGAUGGGUUAAAGAAACUCAGGCUAAACAGAAAUUAGGCAAGGUUUUAUCAUUGGCUUAUGAUAUUUACGAUAUAAACAAAUAUGACUUUUCUUAUUUUCAAAUUAAACAUGGUUAUAGAAAAAAUACCGUUAGUCACAGUAAAAUUAUUGUUGGUGUGAGUCAAAAUAGUCUCAAAAAUAAAGAAUUAAAAUAUGAUUGGUGUUAUAGUGGUAGUCAUAAUAUUUCAUCUGCAGCAUGGGGUUCACCAUCAAGUAGAACAUCCGACUUAUCAAUCUUGAAUUAUGAAAUGGGAAUUUUGUUAUUAAAUGAUUCGCCCUCAUUAAAUAAUACCUCAAUUCCAUCCUGGGUUAAUAAUGUUCCAUUUCAAAUUCCUGCACCAAGCUACCAUUAUCAAGAAAAGCCAUAUAUUAGUACAGGAACAGUCAAUAAAAGCUAUUUUAAAAAAAAUAGAUAA